AGCAUACCAAUCUCCAUGGAUGUGAUUGGUUAUUUGAAAUCAAUUGGUUCCCUUGAAGAGUAUUGCAAGGAUAAUGAAACUAAGCAUAAGCUGAGGAUGGUUCUAACUGAUAAUGAGGACAAUGACAUUGAGUGUGUGCUAUUUGAUGAGUGUUCCACUAAUAGCUUUGUAAACUAUGUUGAGAAUACAAAGACACCUAUCAUUGCAGUUGUUCUGCUAGCUAGGAUAGGUUUUUCUGAAGAAGGGAGACUCCAAGUAUAUAGUUCUUUCAAUGCUACAAAGGUCCAGUUUAAGCCUUGCAUCAAGGAAGUCAAGGACAUAAUUGAAGGGGCAAAAGAUUGUUUGUCACCAGUUGUGAGUUUCUUAUCUCAGAAUAUGACACCAAUGACUUCUCAAUCAUCUACCUCUAGCAUGAUGCACAACACUCCAAUAAUUGAUAUUUCUCAGAUUCCUGACCAAGAGGCUUUAGGUUGUUUAUUAUCACAGGAUACAAGUUUCUUGAUUAAAUGCACAAUCAUUAAGCUGGACACACAUUAUGGGUGGCUUUAUAGUGGGUAUGCAAAGUGUGCUACAAAGACUAAAGAUCAGAAUGGGACCUUAUAUUGCCCCACAUGCAAGAAGCAGCCUGAAUCUGUUGAAUCAAAGUUAAAAAUUCACUAUGCCGUUGAAGAUGAUACUGGUAAAGCUACUGUAAUAUUUUAGGACAAACUCAUUGUAUAGAUGAUUAGACAUGUUGCUAUAGAGUUAAAGGUCAUGCUUCACACGGAAGAACGUUCUUAUGACUUCCCUGAUCAGUUAGAUGCAUUGGUUGGAAAGAAAUUGCUUCUCAGACUGAAACUUAACUCCUACAAUAAGGAUUUCCCUAAUUCUAGCAUAAGUGUCAUACAAUAUAUUGAAUGUGCUGAUUUGAUGGCUGAAUUUGCAGAUGCAGUUACAGAGAGCUGUGAACAGGCUGCGUUCGAGUCAUCACGGAGAUCUUCUCCCUGUGCUGCUUUCGACCGACAUCCUCCCCUCUAAGCUUCGAAGCUCACCUCGUCUCUGACUCCAUCUUUUGUGAAUCACGGGCAUCUAGACUCCAUAUAGUGAGGAUCUAAUUUCAAGCUCCAUUUCCAUCUUCCAUUUAUUUCUCCAAGUCUAGACUCUAGAUUCGUGACUUCAAGGUUCAAGCUCGCGUACUGUGACUAGAGAGAUAUAAGGAGCAUCGAUAUUUUUGAUUUGCCUUUCAACUGAAGCUAUCUUCUUCCUCCUCCACUGAAGCCAGCACCGUCGUUCGUGUGGUCGCGGUCGAUGCUGUGCUUAUCCGUUUGCCUCAGCUGUGAUUUUUUUCCCGAGUUGCUGUUGUUCGUCUGCCUCUGUUGCUGAUUCAAGGUGUGUGGAAGAACAAGACCCUGAUAAGACUUAAAAGCAGAAUACUUUCAGGAAUUUAGAACUUCAAUAGAUUGGUUAGCUGACGCCGAUCCCACCAAUGACCUCUAAAAGGGCAAGUAGCUACAGUGGGUGGACAUUUUAAUUGGUAUUGUUGCUUUAAUGUAAAUAUAUAAUUUGUAUGUCUUUUUGAAUUUGAAAAAAAGAGUAGAUGCUCCACAUAGGUUGUUGAUAUUGGUUGCUAGCUGGAAGGAACUGCGCUCCUGAUUUAUACUGUUAUCUGUAAAAAAAAUUUAUUGUAGAAUUUUCGGGAGAUCCUAGUUACAGCGGAGGUUUUGCUAAAAUUUCUACAAAAAUGUCGACACUCUUUUAUGAUAUUGAGUUUAAAGAAGUUAUUUUAAUUCUCA